UGAAGCUGUAAGAUAACUCAGUGUUUUAUGGGGCUCAGGAUAAUGACCUCUAAUCACCUCUUUCAUGUGUCAUGUUUCAGGAGCUCUUGGGAAUAAAUGGAGUGUGACAUACAGCGAAACAAAUCUCUGUGCUUUAAAUGGAUCUACAGUGUUUAUGAAGGUUAUGUACACACACCCAACAUAUCUUACAGUGAAGAACAGGUUUUGGUUAAUAAACGCAGUUCAGGGUAAAGAACCGACUGAUCUGCGUAAUGAAUCAGGUUACUUAGACAGAGUGGAGUAUUUAGGAGAUGAACAGAAACAGUUCUCCCUCAGACUGAGUGAGGUGAAGAAAUCAGAUGAACAGAAGUACUGGUUCAGAAUCACAACAAAUGAAGAAAGAGAAAGAUACCAGGGUGAACCUGGAGUUACACUCACUGUUACAGAUCUUCAGGUGAUCGCUCCUGCAGAAGUGACAGAGGGACAAUCAGUCGUUCUGAUCUGUAAAACCAACUGCAGUCUGACUGAUCCAACAUUCAUCUGGUACAAAAACAGACGUGAUUUAACCACAAACACCCCCAAGAGCAAUGAACUCCACCUGCAGCCGGUCAGCAGUGAGGAUGCAGGCAGUUAUAGCUGUGCUGUAAGAGGAUAUGAACAUCUCCCCUCUCCUGAUCAAACCCUCAGAGUCAGAUAUUCUCCAAAGAAUGUCUCAGUGUCCAUCAGCUCCUCUGGUGAAAUAGUGGAGGGCAGUUCAGUGACUCUGACCUGCAGCAGUGAUGCUAACCCACCUGUGGAGAACUACACCUGGUUUAAGGGCACGACAUCAGUAGGAAAAGAAAAGACCUACAACAUCUCCAAGAUCAGAUCUGAGGACAGUGGAGAGUACAAGUGCAAGUGCAGUAAUGAAGUCGGACAUCAGGACUCCAUCAGUGUAACUCUGAAUGUUCUGUAUCCUCCAAAGAACGUCUCAGUGUCCCUCAGCUCCUCUGGUGAAAUAAUGGAGGGCAGUUCAGUGACUCUGACCUGCAGCAGUGAUGCUAACCCACCUGUGGAGAACUACACCUGGUUUAGGGUGAAUGAAUCAUCACCUGUAGGAUCUGGACAGAGUUACGGAGCACUACAGAGUGGACAGUACUACUGCGAGGCUCAGAAUAAACAAGGCUCUGAGAGAUCAGCUGCAGUGUCCGUCACUUUAAACAGGUUUCAGAGCUUAGGUGUGUACGCAGGUGUUGGGGCUGUUGUGUUUGUGUGUGUUUGUCUCAUCAUCACCUUCCUGUUUAUCAGGAAAAAUAAAAGAAUUGUGUCAACAGUUAACCAAAGUUUAAAACAGGAAAAUCUUUACGCCAAUGUAGCAGUGACAAAUCCUAUCAACUCUGUAUCUGAUUCAGCUUCGGCCAAUCAGGAUGAAGUUCUGUAUGCCAGCAUUGUACACCAGAGUGCCGGUGACCCCUGGAAUGCUGAGAGUUCUGCUGUGAAAGCUUCUGCCUCUGAGGAUGAGGAGGUUCAGUACUCUAGUGUCAGAUUCACUCGCAGUGGUGCUGACUACAGGCCUUCCAAUGAUGAGGAUCCCACUGUGAUCUACAGCAGAGUGAAAUAAACAACAUAUAGCCAUUUAUUCAACACCACCACAACUUCCACCUGGCCAUAGUGGAACGCUUCUAGAAACUUUGAUGGAUAAUUUGUAAAUGAAGCUGGGUUUACACGGUGUGAUUUCGGCAGUGCUUUAAGAGCGCUCAUACUGCCAGACCAGUGGCACUUAAUCAUCUGCUGGUGAGCGUGUCGCAUUAUGUGUUGCAAGACCACCGAUCUCAGCUCACAACCAAACAGUUCUUUUACAGUGUGUAAGUUUUUUCUGUGUCAGCAAAAUCAGGCUGAAUAUCAUACAGUGUAAAGCCAUCUUUAAACCUUCUGAUGUCUUCUGGACACUUGCUGGAUAAAAAAACACAAGAUCUCAAAUCAUGACAAGUUUAAACAACACAACUGGAGAAUACUGGACAAGAGAAAAUAUUUAUCAGGGUUAAACUGUUAGCUGCCAUUCACAGUUUAGAUAUAUAAAGGUGACUCAUUAUAAACUCUGCACCCUAGCUCAGAAUCCAGGUUAAAGACCAUUAAAAUUCCAGAGAGGAGCUUUAAUCCAAAUAGCUUUCUUCUAAAGCAUGAAUAUUCAAUAAAAUAUUGUAAAGGUCCAAUUUAAUAAAAUUCCUUCUGGUCUGUAAAAGCCACCAACAUGACGGAAUGGUGGCAACUGUUACCUGCAACAUACUAUAUGAUGAUAAUUGUUUUUGUUGAGUUCAUUUCACUCAGUCAUGUGGAAAGAACUACAUACAUUUAUUGAGAGUUCUGCUUAUGAAAUUUUCAUUGUCUAAUACAUUCAUACAGUAUUAAAUAAAAACGUGUUUUGUUAUGAA